AUGAGACAAGAGGUAGAGGUGACAGGUAGAGGUAGCCACGAGCUGGUAAUUACAGACGAGAGAUGGGGAGUAUGUGGGGGCUCAUUAUCCUGCAUAGUCUAGCUUUAUGUAUCUUUGAACUUUUCCAAAAAAAAAAAAAAAAAAAAGUAUACGUGGCCUGGUCCUACCAGAGACUCACGCAAUGCCAGCCUCCAGCCAGGGAGAGCUAAGUUUGCAUUUUCACAUGCAUCUCACACUCCUCUGCACCCUCAACUUGGAGAGCUCCAAACAGGGAAACCCCAAGCCUUGCUGGCUUCUGCCAACCUGAGCAGAAGCAUGGGUCCCCAUGAUCACCACGUCACCACCCUCAUCCUGAUCUCGCUGGAGACUCCCUUUCCUGGUCUGCUAAGUAGCGGGUGCUUUUCCUUGACACUGAGGCUACCGCUAGACCACAGUCCGCUUGGCAACGGGCAUCUUCCCAGACACUGGUGUUACCGCUAGACCAGGGAGCCCUCU